AUGGCGGAGGAAGAUAUCGUCACUUACCCCGUGGAGCCGUCCGACCACAAACGCAAGCUUGAAGAUGUUGAAUCGGAGGUCCUCGAGCAACAAGCCGGCUCGCUUGGUCGGUCUAAUGAAGUUUCUUUAGUCGAUGGCGAUAAAGGUUCUGAUUAUUCUCAGGCUAAGCGACCGAAGCUCGAAGAUGAAGCCGCUGAUGGUAUAGGUAUUGAGAAAACUCAAGAAAGUGUUGGGAAAGACGACAGCGGUGAGGAGAGGACCGAGGAAUCCAAGGACGAGGGAACUGGUAAAUCCACUUUGGAGGAGCUGAUUCACGUUGAGGAAUCUGGAAGCAAGAUUGAUAAUGGUAUGCCUGAGGAUAACCAACCAGCUUUUGUUGAGGUUGCAAUCUCUCAGGAAGUUUCUGUUCAAAGUAUGGAAGUGAAGGAAGUCGAUGACAGUAGUAAGGAAGCGAAUGAUGCCAUUGCUCAGAAAGAUAUCGAAAACGAAAGCAAGGAAGCCAAUAAUGGUGGCUCUCAGAAAGAAGAUGCAAAUGAAAGUAAGGAAGCAAAUGCUGAUGGUUCCGACCACCAAAAAGAGACCCGUGACGAAACUAAGGAAGUGAACGGCAGUGGUUCUCAUGAAGAGAUUGGUGACGAAAGUAAAGAAGUAAAUGGUGGAGGUUCUCAUAAGGAGGUUGACGAGACACAGUCCAUGACUCGCCGAAUAGAUGUCCCGAGUUCAAAGGUUGGCACACUUAUUGGUAGAGGCGGGGAGAUGGUACGGCAACUUCAGAUCAAUUCUGGUGCAAAAAUCCAAAUUCGGAGGGAUGCAGAGGCUGAUCCAAAUUCAGCUUUAAGACCGGUGGAGAUAAUUGGAAAUCUUGCUUCUAUAGAGAAAGCAGAGAAGCUUAUCAAUACAGUCAUAGCAGAGACUGAAGCAGGAGGUGUACCUUCCCUUUUCGCUAGGGCGGUCUCAGAACAGAUGGAGAUUAAAGUUCCAAAUGAUAAGGUUGGUGUGAUUAUUGGCCGAGGUGGGGAGACUAUCAAGAACAUGCAGACAAAGUCGAGAGCACGUAUUCAGUUAAUACCACAAAAUGAAGGUGAUGGAUCUAAGGAAAGAACAGUUCGUAUUUCUGGUGAUAAAAGGCAGAUUGAUAUAGCCACCUCGUUGAUACAGGAUGUUAUGUACCAGGAUGCAAGGCCAUCACACCCAUCACACUACUCUGGUGGUUUUAACCAGCCUGCUUACCAACCCCGAGGACUAGGUGGUCCACCUCAAUGGGAUUCGCGUGGUCCUCAUGGCCCCCACUCAAUGCCAUACAAUUACCACCAUGGUGGACCAUACCCAUCUCAGGGCUCACAUUUCAGACCUCCCAAUUCCGGCGGUUAUCCUUCACACCAUAUGCCUCCUAGAAGUGGAUAUGGAUCUAGUUGGGAACAAAGACCUCCACAUACUGGUCCAUAUGAGUAUUACGGUAGGCAAGGAGCUCAAGCCCCAGGCCCUGUGCCCCCCCAUGUUGCUCCUUACUCCCAGCCAGGUCCCCAGCAGACUUAUGGGCAUACAUAUGAUCAGCCAAACUAUGAUAAUCCUCCUAUGCAGCAAUCUCAUGGAGGAUAUGGAGUCUCCCAACAGAGCUAUCCGCCGGCCGGUGGUCAGCACCAAAUGCAGCAGCCAGGUAGACCUUACGGGAUGCAAGGAUCAGCCGAGCAAGGAUAUGGGCCUCCAAGGCCAGCAGCACCUUCUGGUGAUCCUUACCAAGGUCCAACGCAAGCAGCGCCAUCGUAUGGUACAAGCAUGGCUCCACAACAACAAUAUGGUUAUGCAUCAAGUGCGCCUGGUCAGCAAACUUACCCUUCUUACAACUCUGCAGCACCGUCUGAUGGUUAUAACGGUACACAAGCACCCGCAAUUGCCCCAGCUUAUGAGCAGCAUGCUGUUCAGCCAGCUUCUGGCGUGCAGCAAACUUCAGCUGCGUACGGACAAGUACCUCCAACCGGUGGUUAUAGUUCAUAUCCAUCUACACAGCCGGCUUAUGGUAGUACUACACAGCCGGCUUAUGGCAGUGCCCCGGCUCAGAGCAAUGGGAACUAUGGAUACGGCUCUCAAUAUCCUAGCUAUGGAGGUGGAAACGCGUCAGCAUAUGCUGCACCUGUGGGCCAAACCGCUUAUUCCCAGACUGCACCUGUUCAGGCGGGCUACGAGCAAUCUGCAACUCCGUCAGCAGGCUAUGCAGCUGCUCCAGGAACAGCACAGUGA